AUGCAGGCCAUUUUUCAAAGCCUUGAAGAAGGGACACAAGGACAACGGUGUCCGACUCAGCUGUCAGCUCAGCUCUCAUCCGAGAAGAGCUGGGGGCACAACAUCCGUAUUCUACACUUCAAAAGCUCUCCUCGAUGCAGAGACUCGCUAUCCGAAAAUGGAGAAGCUCAUUUUUUCGCUUGUGUUUCUGCGAGAAAGUUAAGGCCCUACUAUCAAGCACACCGGAUAAUUGUCAUAACAGAAUUUCCUUUGAGAUCGAUCCUUCACAGCCCCGACGCUUCUCAGCGACUCAUGAAAUGGGCUAUCGAACUCAGUCAAUACGACCUCCUCUACCGGCCGAAGACUGCUAUAAAAGCCCAAGCUUUAGCAGAUUUUGUUGUAGAGUUUACUCCGACAGCCGAAGAAGAGAAGAUGGUCACGAAAAGCAAGGAAAAAGCAGACGACACCUCCCCCCACCGAUUCGAACCUACCUAA